CUCAAACUUAAGUCAGUCAUAUGAACUUCAAGUUUGGAAAAUAGAAUCGCUGAGAUUCGAGCAAAAUACUUCUCGAUCACUUAAAUCUAUGACACGUGCUUAGUGCGAAACAGACAUGAGUAUUGAUCUACCCGUCCCACCCUCAUUAUCAUCACUAAAUUAAUCUCUGUCUUCAAUUUUAGUACAUCCUAUACCCCAUAAAACCACAACUAAUCAUCGAUGGAUCUCGAAAGCAGUUAUAUCUCUGUCUUGAAUAGGUGAAUCCCAUCUCCCAGAAAAACCAGAGGAAGGCCCAGAACUUCCCAAAACUGGAGUUUUAAUUAUAAUUUCAUUUUCCAACAACCAUAUUUAUUGUUCUCAAUGUUUUUUUUAUCUGUUUUUUUUUUUUUAGUUUACGGUGGCGGUGGCACAUUUAUUAGUAGCCAUGCAGCGUUACUGAGAAACAAAAGAAAUUGAAUGACUUGACUUCCCACCAGUAAAACGAACUAACGAAGGGCUUAGUUCCCUCCAUUCACGAUGUACGGUAGAGUGUCCAUCCACUCUACCGUACCUCUUGAAUUAGAACUCAUGUCCAUCCACAAAACAAAAUAAUAACAACUCUAAACUAGACAGAAAAUGAUUCUUUUUUCUUUCUUCCUUGUGACAUGAUCAACAAUGUAAUUAAAACCACACAAAAACUCCAAACUUUGCUUAGAGCAGUUGGUUGUCUUUUGAAGACAAUCUGCCAGGGGAUAGCUGACUCGCGAUAGCUCGUUCUCCUACUCAUAUUUCGCUCAUCUUGAACUUCUCGCUCAAUAUAAGACUAAAGCGAGGCCAUCAACCACAUCCGAAUCCAAUCUCUGGGUGAUCGAUAAUACCGACAUAUAUAUAUAUAUAUAUACGUUAGCCCUAGAUGGGCAAUUUCGAACUCGGAAUAUGACAUGAUCGGUUGGAGUUGCUGACCGCCACACAAAAGAAUUAAUGAUGAGCAAAUAUCGCCCGUCAUUAAUUCUUCUUUAAUUUGUUAAGAACUCCAUCUCUCACACGUAGACAUCUUAAAAAACGGGGUUAAUUUUAGCCUACCGACUCAUGUAUAACUCUUUACUAGCAAGUCGUUACUCGAUUAUAUUACUUACUAACAAAACCCUUUAAGAACAUUGGACUCAGCACAGGCAAAAAUCAUGUACCUAUCGAUCAUUGUAGCCUGGGUGGAUAGAUAUCUUCAUCACCAUAACUUCCUGAUUAUUUUUUAUUAUUAUAUAUAAUUCCAAACAAUAUACACAAAAUAAUCAAACAAAUAACACAUCAGUCAUCACAGAAACCAAAUUGUACAAUAAAUAAUGAAAGCAAAUGGGGGUUGAAUUGAAUUCAUGUGUAGGUCUGGGUUUUUAAUGAGCAACGUUAUAGCUAGCAGCUGCUCCCUUCUCUCUUUUCAUGGAAGGAAAACUAAACCUGCCUUCAAAAAAAAAAAAAAAAAAAAAAAAAGAGCAUUAAAUUGGUAUCUACUUGCCACCUUUAAUGUUUUGGGCUGCCCCCUCCCCCUUCUUCCUUUAAUGCAUGCAGUUCCCAUCCAUGAAUUUGCCCUCUCAAUUUAAGGGCCUCCCCUCCCCACCUCAAAAACCCUUCUCCAUCUUCCUCCUCUUGUUUAAGGGUUGGUAUUCAUUUCUGGGUUUGGUUGAGUUUCCAUGGAGUUCACGACAGAGCUGUGUUUGGCUCCCAGCAGGAAGCAGCACCAUCAUCAGCAUGUGAAGACAUCGUCGGAAUCAGAAAGCAGCAGCAACAACAACAAAGGGAGCAUUGGUAUGAAUCAUCAUCACUCGAGGAAGAGGAAGGUGACGAUGAUCGAGAUGAUGCGUUUUGAUAACGAUUGUGAUCAUGUCGUCGAUCUUCAGCAGCAUCUUGAUCAGGAAGCGAAGAACAACAGGGCUCUGCCUUUGGAUUGGGAGCAAUGCCUCGACCUUCAUUCGGGAACGAUGUACUACUUCAACAGGAAGACGUCAAGAAAGAGCUGGAACCGACCAAAGGACGCGUACCAUGACAACGAAAACGAUCGAAACAACAGGAGCCUGGACCUGGAGCUCAACAUCUCAUCGCCGAGCAAGUACUACAACAAUGUGAGUGAUCACCAUCAACACAACAUGAUGAAGCUUCACCAUCACCAAAUUCCAGCCUCACCAUCACAAGAAGGGAAUUUCAGUCCUAGUGAUGGUGGAAGUAGUAGUACUAAUGAUGAUGACAAGGACAAUAACAUGGUGGCAUUGGCAUGUUUGAAUUGUCACCUCCUUGUGAUACUCUCCAAGUCAUCUCCUUGUUGCCCCAAUUGCAAAUAUGUACACUCCCUCCCACCCACAAUAUUUCACCACAACUACCCACCACAGCCCAAUAAGGCCCAAUUCCCUCCCAGGCCCAUUAGCACCUUGAGCCUGCUCAACUAGGCCUUUGAUCAAAAGAUAAUGUGUAUAAGUACAACUAAGUGUAUUUUAAUAGGACUAUAUGAGUAUAUGUGUUAUGUUAAUUAGUAUUUAGAUAUGGUUUGCCAUUUUUGUUCUUUCACUUUAUGUGAUGAAGGUACCCUCACCCUAAGCUAUGAUGUGUAAAGAGUUCCAAGGAAUUAAGCAGCUAGUAAUUA